AGCCUAGUCGCUGCUUGUGCGCACUCUGAAAAAGAGGAAAAAGUUGAUGAUGAGUUUAGUGUGAGAGCGGCCCGCCUCAGAGCAGGCUAACAGUCCAGGAAUGGCAGUUUGGACCAGAGCGGACAAAAACGGUCAACUGGACCUCCUGCUCCGCGACCGCUGGAUCCGAGUGGCCGCCGAACUCACCCGAGAAACGCUGACUUUAACGGCCGAAGCGGACGUAACCGGACGGGGGGACAACCACUGGGACUACAGCAACUCUUCGGCGGGCCUGCGAAAUGGCAUGUCGAACGGAAACGACCCGGGAACGAGUCUGGGGAACGCUGGCCGCGGUCCGUCCUCGGGUCAAGACCAGCUCCAGAACCAGAACCACGGGAGUCGGGGGCGCAGCAGCAGCCCGGGGCGCGGGGGUGCUAGUCGGGGUCCGUACGACGGCAACUACGGUAUAAACAACGCCGGGAAGUACCCAAAUAACGGCACAAGUUCUGACUUUGGAAGCCCCGGCUCCAGCUACGGCAGUCCCGGGUCCAGCUUCGGAUCGAGGCAAGGCGACUUUCCAGUCAGUCUUGACGGCUCCUCGGAAGCUGUGCGGAAAGUCCGAGUUGUCAAACAGGAGUCUGGCGGGCUGGGGAUCAGUAUCAAGGGGGGGCGCGAGAACCGGAUGCCCAUCCUCAUCUCCAAGAUCUUCCCGGGGCUCGCCGCCGACCAGAGCCGGGCUCUCCGGGUGGGCGACGCGAUCCUGUCGGUUAACGGGAACGACCUUCGAGAGGCAACACACGACCUGGCGGUCCAGGCGCUCAAGAAGGCAGGGAAAGAAGUGACGCUGGAGGUGAAGUACAUCCGUGAGGUUUCCCCGCUCUUUAAGAAGCCCUCCCUGGUGGCUGACCUGCCGUGGGAUGGAAUCCGCCCACAGUCGCCCAGCUACAGCGGCAGUGAGGACUCCGGGUCGCCUAAACACAGCAGCUCCUCCUCCUCCAAAGACCGAAAGGUCAUAAGCCUGAAGAUGUGUUUCAUCAGCAGGAACCUCACCAUGCCAGAUCUGGAAAACAGGCUGUUGGAGCUCCAUUCCCCCGAUGGCCAGCACACGGUGGUGCUGCGCUGUAAAGACGGCCCUACCGCCAACUCCUGGUUCACUGCCAUCCACACCAACAUUGCCGCCCUGCUGCCGCAGACCCUGGCUCACAUCAAUGCUUACCUGGGGGCCUCGUCCACAACCUCUACACACCCCCAUCUCAAGCACAUCGGCUGGUUGGCUGAACAGGUCCAGCUGGAAGGUGGACGGCAGCAGUACAAACCAGUGGUCAUGGCACUGACGGAGAAGGACAUCCUGCUGUUUGAAUCGGUGCCGUGGAGCAGAGAGUCCUGGUCCAUACCUCUGCUCACACACCCUCUGCUAGCCACAAGACUGGUUCAUUCUGGCAGCGCCCGGGGUUCUCCUGCACAGGGUUCAGACCUGGUGUUUGCCACUCGGACGGGCACAGGCCGGGGCAUCGAGUCCCACAUCUUCCGAGUGGAGACCCACUGGGAUCUGUCUUCGUGGACGCGAGCCCUCGUGCAGGGGGCGCAUGCUGCCGCCGAGCUCAUCAAAGAAGUCUCCAUUGGUUGCACAUUGAACAGACAAGAUGUUCGCCUGACGCUGCACUAUGAGAAGGGCUUUACUGUGACAAGGGAGCCGGCAGAUCCAGCAGGGGGCGCAGUGCUGUACAGAUACCCCUAUGAGAAGCUCAAAAUGUCCGCUGACGAUGGAAUACGCAACCUCUACCUUGAUUUUGGGGGUCCGGAGGGAGAAAUGGUAUUUGACCUCCACUCGGGUCCAAAGCCGGUGGUGUUUGUCCUCCACUCCUUCCUGUCAGCGAAGCUCACUCGAAUGGGCCUGCUCACGUGAAUCAACAAACAGCAGCAGCAUGGAUGAGAGGACGGGUCCAGGCGCAGCGAAGAGGGGGAAGACACUCCCAGCAUGCUGAUACUGGUGGUCCAUUCGUUAUUAUUGUUAUUUUAUUUCAUUUUGGUCCAGUUUCUCCAUUCACAGCUGAAGUUAGGCCUGAGGUGACGCUGCAGGGGAAAUUUAACCCGGGAGUCGUAUUGUUGAUUGUCUCAAAAAUGUGCCUUCUCUUCCAACUUCACCUCUGCCUCUUGCACUGACUUUUAUUGCAAGGGCAGGUAAAAAGGAAGUGGCACUUUGCUUGAAGUCAUGAAGUGUAGGUAGGCUGGUACAAAAUGCCAAAAAUAGCUAUUAACAAUCUCAUAACAUUCCAGGUGAUAAUGUAUUCAAUUUGAUGACGAUGAUCCGAUAUGACGUAAAAAGAAAAACAAGCAAAGAUGCUGUAAUGUGCUUAUGAGGGUCCGUUACCAAUGCACUUCAAGCAAAAUGUUACUGAAAUAGAUUAAGGAAAGGAAGGGUUUUUUUUAGACAAUUAAUACACAGCCAAGCACGGAUUGGCAAAUGCUCCCUAUUUUUACUCUAUGCCUAUCAUUCCAUGACAGCCUUCCAAUGUAUCUUUUUGAUGUGUUUGUUUGUCUUUGUGUCGACAUGUUUUAGAGUCAGAAUGCAGUUGACUGAUCGGAGACUGUGUGAAUGAAGAAAGGCCUGCGUGUUGGUGUGUGCAUGUGUGUCCGUACUACAUGUUUCUGUUGGCUUGAUAGUGUGCCUGCUGUCUGACAGACUCACCUUUUAGCACAUUAUCCCAAACUACUGUUGUAAUCAGGAUUGCCAACUGUGCCUUUUUACAUGUAGUCAGAGACAUUCUUUGUAAUGUUUCCUUUUUUAUUUCACACAAAAAGAGAGUUUCAAGCUUUCGACAUGCGCGAGCAAUAGUAUUACUCUUAUAGUGUAAACCAUGUUACUUUGUUUUUAUGUCGUUUGUUUUUAUAAGUGUAUAUCUCAUGAUAGCAUGACUUCUGGACAUUGAACUCUGUAUCAGAUGAUGAUGUAUGAUGACCGUGCGUUACCUCCCCUUACUGACCUACACUACCACGCCGUCUCCGUCUCGCUAUCAUUGCAUUCCAAUUUGCUUGAGAGUACUUGUCUCCUGUUACCGUUCGUACAGUAGCAUUUCUGUGGCUAAGGACUGUUUAGCAGGCUUUUCGAGGUUUCGAGGUGGGCCAUCACGUGACAGAAGUACCAGUGUAUUUUAAUAUUCCAGACUAUAACGGUCGAGACGUUGUACCUCAUAUGAACCCCUGCAGCAGAAAGAUGACCACACACUGUAUGUCUUUGAGCUCAUUAACAGUCUUCUCCUUCCAUUUCAGUCUUAAAAUGCCUGGGAAACUUUGAGGAAAUAAUCUUUAUUCAAGGUCCACUUACAGGCUUUCCUUUGGAGUUUUUAACCCCCACAUGCCUUUGCUCAGUUGUCAUGGAGAUGGCUCAGCUGUCAUCACGUGACCUAAGCAUGGAACUUGCCAUAUUACAGGUGUGCAUAUAUUGGCAGUGGAGAUUAAGGACUGUGUUAUCUUGAUUUAAAAAUGAAUAAAUAAAUAUAAAAAUAUUUAUCAUAUAUAAAAGGGAUGAAAUAACAGGAAGCUGACUAAAAUGGAAACAAAAAAGAAACAAACUUGAGCAGGACAGAAUUUCUGCCACCUGUAGAUAAGGUACUCCAGAGAAAACAGAUAAUGAAAUGAAAGAAAUUUUUAUACCACACAGAAUACAUACACAGAGAAUAAUAACUAGGAGUAAAAGUGAAUUCAAAGUGGAUUCUUUUAUCUUUCACUAAGGUCCAGAAUUUCACUUUUUGCAGUUUGGCCAGUCUGGCCCCUGCUGUUGAAAGACAAAUGAUGUUGUCUGUUUCCAGUGUCCAUUCAGUCCUAUUCAUAUUCAUAUUCAGUCUAUUUCAAAGAUGUGGUGAGAUCAUCUGGUGAGAACUGGGCAAACUCCAUGCAAGACCAUGAGAUGCAUUUGAAAGCUCAGGAAAUGUCUCAUAAAUCCAAGAUUUAAGGUGAGUUUUUACAAGGUCAAGAAAGAAUGUUCAAGCUCCUGAAAAACUAAUCCCAUUGCAGAUUGUAUCAUUUCAUUUAGUACUAAAUACAAUCAGAACAGCCAAUAUCUAUAUCCCCCUCAGUUUUAGGUACUAAGUUAGGCCAUUUGGAAUAAAAUCAAGGUGAGCGGAGUUUACAAUCCUCCCUUUAGGUCAUCUGUUCGGUCCAGUGCCUGUGUUGAGACUUAACUCGUUAAUGAGUUCAGCAUGACUCUAGAUAACACAUUUUCAUAACCUUCAGAUGGUUCAUGGUACAUGCUGCUAAAGUGACCCUUCAGUAGAGGCUCUGUGUUCUUUUGGGCCUCAAAUAAUGAAGCAUUGUGUCCGCUGACCAUGCAAGAAAGGAAAACAAGAUAACCCUUCUGUCCUCGGAUAAGGAAUACAAUCACCAGUCUGAAUUACUUCUGUUCUAUUUUGGACUCUGAUGUCCUGGUUUGAAUAACCUUGUUUGGCAUCUUAUAUGAAAGUGAAAAUGUGUAAUCAUAAUGUUUCUAAUAUUCUUUUUUAAGCUGUAGUUGAUGAGUUGCCAUUAAAGGAGAAGCAGCCUGUGCUUCCCCUAAAACAUUGCGUGUAUGUGGGAGGUUUGAGUUACACGGCCUGACAUGAAGUCUUUCUCCUGCAACAUUUGAAGCAAUAGGGAAGUGUUGCACUGCGUCAUCUGACUGUUUCACCAUAUUUGACGCUGCACAAAUCUGAUUGUCUGGAGUUGGUCUACUUUCAACAAACUACAGGCCGUCCCUCUUUGAGCUUGAUGCACUAACCAAUCAGACCCGUUUAAAUCUGUGAAUGUAUAACUCCUUUCUUCUUCCACAUGAUUAUUUUUGAUCUUCUUUCUCUUUUUGUUCUGAUAGUGUAGCUAUCCUGUCUAUGCAAAGCAAUGCUUCAAAAGAGGGGGUUUUGAACCAAAGGUAAUAUCUGUGGCAGCUUGCGUCCAACACAAUCAUUGAACUGAAAAGUCACAAAAAGGAUAAAGUGCUGCUGCAAUAACCUGUCGUAUGCAAAGUAUUUUAGACUUCCUUCCAAGAUACAGUAUACAGUGUAUGAUAGCAAUGUAAUAAUCUCAAAUGUAAAUACCUACCAAUAAAACUGAAAACUAAAACAAA